ACUAGAAACCGCCACCGCCUGCCGCCACUCCCAGCACGUCAUUUUCCUGGUGUUUGAAAUGCCGCUUGCUUUACGUUGAUUCACCCCAGCCCACGGACGAUGGAUGUGUUUUCGUCACUCACCUCGGGUGCUCACUGUUGGUGCUUCAGAACCGUCACUCGAUGUAGUUGACUAGACUAGGUUGCUGACAAAUAGGUCCAAAGGUGUUACAGCCAUCUAAGCCUAACGUUUGCUCCCCAAAGUUUUUCAUUGCCUUUCGAGGGAUGAGACGACGACGGUGUUUUUUACCAAGAAGUUGUAGCUAGAGAUCAACAAGGAAGGGGUUGGCCAAGAGCCACUUGUGCGCUCAAAUCACCCAAAAUGAAGAGGCUUGCAGGAAAGAAAAACCUGGUCAAGAUCAACUUGCCUGAGGCUCCAGUGGAGAGCAUCCAGCAGAGGGCGACGUUGCCCCGUAAUCUUGACUCACACGAUAAACUUCGGAUCGAGGGUCAGGAGGUAGAAGUUUGGACCAAAGACUUGCACACCUUAGAAGAGCUGGGUCGUGGAGCCUACGGCACAGUAGAGAAGGUGGAGCACAAGCCUUCUGGCAUCAUCAUGGCCGUCAAGCGGAUUCCUUUCACGGAAUGCAGCCAGGAGCAGAAACGUUUGCUCAUGGACCUGGACGUGAGCAUGCGCAGCAGUGACUACCCAAACACAGUCCAGUUCUACGGUGCGCUCUACACGGAGGGAGAUGUAUGGAUCUGCAUGGAAGUCAUGGACACGUCCUUGGACAAAUUCUACCGGAAGGUGUUUGGCCAGGGCAAGACGAUACCCGAAGAAAUCCUUGGAAAGAUCGCCUAUGCUGUCGUGAGUGCCCUGCAUUACCUGCAGAGCCACUUGCAGGUAAUCCAUCGUGACGUGAAGCCUUCCAACAUCCUGGUCAAUCGACAGGGUGAUGUCAAGAUGUGCGACUUUGGCAUCUCUGGUAACCUGGUAGACUCUGUUGCCAAAACAAUGAAUGCUGGCUGUAAGCCAUACAUGGCGCCAGAGCGGAUAAACCCGGAGCAGUCUCACCUCGGCUACGAUGUCAAGUCUGACGUGUGGAGUUUGGGCAUCACAAUGCUGGAGCUGUCAAUUGGGAAGUUUCCUUACCCAGAAUUCAAGACCCCUUUCGAACAACUGAAGCAUGUCGUUGAGGACGACCCUCCCCGAUUGCCUCAAGGACAGUUUUCUCCAGAGUACGAAGAAUUUAUUAGCAGCUGCCUUCAGAAGCCAUCAGCAAAAAGGCCCAGCUAUGUAGAGCUCUUGGAGAUGCCAUUCCUGGCAAGCAAGGACAGCACAAACAUUUCCCAGUUUGUCUCAGAGAUCUUGGAUGGGUGACAGGUGUUAGUAAUGGCAUCGAGCAUUUCUUGGCAAGACCAAGUACGACUGACAUAUAUAUAUUCCAAGUCUUCACUGACCUAAAGAGAGAACAGUUCAUCGAGAGUGUUUUACUGUGCCUUCGGUUGGUGUCUGCAUACAGCAAAGUACACAUUUUCUUGAGACCAGUGCAAUACAUCCGCAGCACGUCGGAGGCCAUGUGAGGGACUUCAUAGGCUCCAAAUCGAAGGUGCACACUGACGAAACCUGUUUUGUAGGCACGCCUGCUAAUGGGACUAUUAACGUAGUGUUUGGGUGCCUCGUCGCCAUCUGUACAAUUGCAAAGGUGACGAGAAAACUUGUGCGCGUAAAGGACUCUUCUUGAUUGCACCGCUGUAACAGCGGGUUCUGGAUUCGUAAGAAGAAAAAGUGCCUGGAAGUGGUGACACAAUGUGUUCUCUGCGACGUUGCUAAAGGCUGCGUGAAGCAUAGGCUGCUUGUUAGAUUUUUUUGCAGUCCUACUUUUCUAGAACGAAUUAUUCCAUAAGGAUGCCACAGUAUGCCAUGGACUGGGCAGUUCGUGGAGUCGAAUAAGUGUUAUACAAGUGUACCGGGUUAUGACAGUUACAACCCAGAGUGCUGCCUCUCUGGGUAAAUGUUGCCUCGCGUACAAGUCACUGUUUUGGAAGAUGGAGAAUAAAGCUCUAUGGCUUCACACGUGAUCUUUGUGGGUGUGUAGCCAAAACAUAAACCUACUGGUGACUUUCUACACUAAAGGGGAAGGACCCGAAGAGUAAAAACACCAUGGUACCAAAAUCCAGCUGAAUGAAUGUAGUUUCACAAGAAAUUUUGAUGGAAUGUGUGUUGCUGCCUAUUCAGUUUGCGUGAAUUUUUAAAAAUACUUUUGUGGUUACUGAUGUUCAAUGACCAUAUGAGGGUAAUAAAUGGUGUAGGCAAGAGUGA